CGGGGUCCAGGCGAUACGAGUGGGCCCUGCCCUCGGAACAGCUCGGCCUUUCCUGAACCGGAGAGGAGAAGAGGGCAGAAAACCCGAGUGCCGCUUCUUCCAGCAGCGUGUCACGUCUAAAAACUUCUGGCUUAGCAGCUGCUGUGCGUCGAGCCCUCUGAGAGAGGGUUACCUCUUUACAGACAGCGCUAGAAGCAGAAUGGAGGCAAUCGAAGGGUUUUGAUAAAUGUAGGUAGUAUUAGACUAUUUUCCUCACAAACAAGCAAUGGCUGUGGAUGUAGCAAUGCAGCUAUACCUAUGCUCCUCACCCUUGCGGAGAGAGAAGUGUGCCUGCAAAAUUGCUCCAAAGUCAAGCAAGCCGUUGCGGCCGUGCAUCCAGCUGAGUAGCAAAACUACACUGAAUGGACCAGAAGAGGCAGCAAACUCCUUCACACACAACAAAGUGAAGAAGAGGGUGUCAUUUGCAGAUAGCAGAGGCUUUGCUUUGACGAUGGUGAAGGUGUUCUCAGAGUUUGAUGAUCCGCUAGAUAUUCCUUUCAACAUCACUGAGCUGAUAGACAACAUUGUGGGCCUGACAACAGUGGAGAGGGACAGCUUUGUCCUGGAUUUUGUUCAGCCCUCUGUGGACUACCUGGACUUCAGAAACCGCCUCCAGGCAGACUGUGUCUGCCUUGAAAACUGUAUGCUAAAGGAGCGAUCUGUUGUGGGAACAGUGAAGGUGAGGAACCUUGCUUUUGAAAAGACUGUCAAGAUCAGGAUGACAUUUGACACCUGGAAAAACUUUGUAGAUUACCCAUGCCAGUAUGUCAAGGAUACGUAUGGAGGGUCAGAUCGGGACACAUUUUCCUUCGACAUCAGCCUGCCUGAGGGAAUUCAAUCCCAUGAAAGAGUAGAGUUUGCCAUCUCCUUUGAGUGCAAUGGGAAGGUGUACUGGGACAGCAACAAGGGCACAAAUUACAGGAUCAUACGGUCAGAACUGAAGUCUGCCCAAGAAGCUGUCCGCCCCCCACAGGGCCCUGACUUUGGCAGUGCCUUUGACCAGUUUGGGAGCCCUCGGUGCUCCUACGGCCUCUUUCCUGAGUGGCCCAGCUAUUCGGGCUAUGAGAAGCUAGGGCCUUACUAUUGACCAAAGGACAAAGUCCUGAUUGACUAACUGUUGCUGGUGUGUCUGCAGGCCUGGGAGCUGGUCUGAACACGAGGUGUACGGAAAAGUGGAAGAAGUAUGGCUCCCUGUAGCUCUGCAUAAGCCUCCCGGCAAAACCAGAUGUGCUCUGCUGGCAGUGGGCUUAUAGUCAGGGAAGCAUCUCUGGCAGGCGUAAAGGGCAGCCUUCCCUGCCUCAGCUCAGAUAACUGGCUCUCCAGAUGCUCAAAGGACCAGGAGCUGUUGCUCAUGUAUCUCUUCAGUGCUGCUACUCCUUCCUCUUCUAUAAAGCUGCUAGUCUCCAGGGAAACACUACCGUGCUUAUAUUGUCUGUCCAAGCUACGUAGCGGUGGCUGGUUUGUAUUGCUUGCCUAGUGUUAAAAGGCUUUUUUCAAAAUAUGUUCUAGUAUUAUGUUUUUAGUGGGCUGUACUUCAGCUGCAGGGUUCUCCUUCCAAAGCUGGCCUGUGCCUGUCAGGUAGUAGAAUGGUCGGCUUGCGGGGAACAGAGCCCUCUCCUUGCAUGUGUCCUUGUAGUGUGGGGUCCUUCCUACUGGAGGCAGAAAGGGUGUUUUGGAAAUGAAAAUGCAACUGUGAUGACAGGAAAUGUGGCCUUACAGCUGGCCAUAUUAGGAGAUGUAUGUGCCUGUGGGAGAGGAUCUGAUAUGCUUAGUCACCAGUUGUUUUAUCAGCUGAUCUUGAAAAACUCUCAUUAUACCCUUGGUGUUACCAAAAAUAGAGAUUAGCUGUGUGGUGCUUGUAACACAGCCGUGGGUUGACAGCCUUGACUGCCUUCUUCAAAACCCUCCUGUUUCUUUUAUCACAAGUGAUUGAUGAUGCUUUUCCCCUGUGAUGGACAUCUGAAGUCAGCUGUUGGCCGUGCUGGGCCCUGAAAAUGCAGUUCUUCCUCCUGUGGACUGUAAAACAGGGUUUUGUCCAGCUGGGGCCCACAGUCCUGUGCAGGAGGCUGUGCUCAGGUGUUGCAGGAGCUAAACGCAAAUGGACCACAUGGCUACUCUAUGCUGUGUCCUGUUACAAGAAGGUGACUGUUGUGUACCUACUGUGGUGGAAGUGCCUUGACUGAGAAAGGGGUGGUACAUGCAAUCCCAGCAAUGCGUUGGGAUAAACAGGCUUUGGAAAUGAUGUUGCUUUUAAAAAAGAUCUCCUAAUGGUUUGUUAUUCUGUGCCACGGACUGCUUGGCAGCUAAUGGCAUGGCACUGCUCACAUGUGAAGAUGCUGUGGCUAUACUGGAUUAAUAUCAACAUGCUGGGCUUCCCUAGCUGUUGUAGCAGUAGCUGCCAUUCUGACCUAUAAAUGCCCAAACUUUGCAUCUCUGUGUCUGUAAGAAGUGGCUCACCCCACCUGUGCAAAGAACUAACCGUGAGGAAUGUGAGAUGUGGGGUUAUCCUGACGCUGCCCCUGGAUGUGAAACAAAUCACGGAUGUGAGCCGUCCCUAUCUUCAAAGAGGGGGCUUGUCUUCUGGGCCUGUGCUGAGGUGAGGUGGCCAGCUUGUGCAGUGCCAAACAGCCUCACAAAGCUUCUUGCGUGCUAGUUGAGCAGAAUAACUUCAUCCCUCAGCUCAAAGGGAGAGUGCUGAAUAGUUUGUAGAAACAGAGGUCAAGGGAAUCUUACUUUUUUUCUAGUGCGUAAGCUUUAUAUAGUUUUUUGGGUGCCUAUAAUAGCCUAUGGAUGGGCUGGAGAGAAGCAAUGGGCUAGACUACUUAACUUUUUAAACCUAGCUUUUAAUUCUGGAGACUACUGUAUAUGAUACUUACAAGCUGUUUUACCCUAACCUAGAUGAUCACUGUUGGAUACCGAAAGGGACAAGAGCUAGCCUUCAACUGCUGCUUUUUCAAAACCCAACACCAAUGCAUGUCAUAACUAUGCUUGAUCACUUAGUUGAGGUGGUAAAUCUACUUGCUAGCCCAGAACUCAUCAGGCUUGGUUCCUCUGUUCAAACAGCUUCCCAAGCCAGCUCUUAUAACCUGCAUCUGGUCUCUCUUGAAGGGACUGUUGCCUAGCUUGGCUUGAACCUGGUUUUAAACUUAAAGCAAGUCUGAGUGACACUGAUCUUUUCUUUCCUUUUUUUUUUCUUUUUUUUUUUUUUUAUUUAGUGUAUGGUGUUAAUGCUAUAAGACACUGACUGUAGAAAAGUCAUGUUCUCCUGGCAUGCUGUCAUGCCUACGGAGAGCUGUUUGUGGGCUGAAACAAGGCAUGUGUCUGGGGUGCUGUGGAUGGUGGUAUCUCCUUACGGGCCUGUUCAUUUUCAGGCUGUGGAUGGGGUGUGCUUAGGGAGGAAUGUGAAAUAUAAGCAAGAAGAGCAAUGCCAUAAGUAAAAGCUAGGCUGGGAACUGACUAUUUGACCAAUAGUGGUUUAAAAAUAUUACUUGUGGCCUUUCCCCUUUUUCCUUUUUCCAUUGCCAAUGUGAACAUAGUAGUGAGGGGUUGCUCUCCUCGCUCUAGGCCUGGAAGUGCCUUGUGGGUUGUUUUGCAUGUUUGUUUUUUAAAAGAUAUUUUUGUACACAACAUUCAAGUGGAAAAUGCACUUUAUAAUUGCCAUGUAAUGACUCUUUUAAAACUAUAGUCCUGUUUUUAUCUGAUUGUUAAAAUAAAGGUGGAACAAAA